GUCAAGAUAAUUAAAAAACGGUCUCGACAAACGUCUCACAAACGUUCAGCAAAUCAACUAUGGCGGUUGGAAAAAACAAACGACUUUCAAAAGGCAAAAAAGGAGUAAAAAAGAAAGUAACAGAUCCAUUUCUACGCAAAGAUUGGUAUGAUUUAAAAGCACCAUCUAUGUUUGAAACACGGAACUUUGGAAAAACACUGGUGAAUAGAAGUACCGGUAUGAAAAAUGCAAAUGACUCACUACGGGGACGAGUCAUAGAAGUAUCAUUAGCAGAUCUUCAAAAAGAUGAAGAACAUGCAUUUAGGAAAAUUAAGCUUCAAAUUGCAGAAGUUCAAGGGCGGGACUGUUUAACAAACUUUUAUGGGAUGUUAAUGACAUCUGAUAAACUACGUUCUCUUGUUCGACGCUGGCAAACACUCAUUGAAGCACAUCAAGAUGUUAAGACGACAGAUGGCUAUGUGUUGAGACUGUUUGUUAUUGGAUUUACAAAACGCCGCACAAACCAAAUCAAAAAAACAGCAUAUGCACAAACUUCUCAGAUCCGACAAAUCCGUAAAAAAAUGUUUGAAAUAAUACAAAGAGAAGCAUCUAUGUGUUCAAUGAAAGAUCUUGUUCAGAAAUUUAUUCCUGAAGUUAUUGGUCGUGAAAUUACAAAAUCAACACAGGGCAUCUUUCCUCUGCAAAAUGUAUUUAUUCGAAAGGUCAAGAUUCUCAAAGCUCCACGUACCGAUAUUCAACGCCUUCUUGAAUUACACGAAGAAUCAGUUGAGGACACAGGUGUCAAGGUCUCUAAAGAAUUUAAAAAAUUAGAUAUUUUAGAUUCUGUAUAGUUUUUAACUCUUCUUCUAAACGUCAACUAUCCUCCUUAAGACUCAGCCUC